AUGGCCGAAGACUUCAUACGCCACUUUGACAUGGAAACAGCUGAAGCGAUGGCUUUCUAUGAGAUCGAAACAAAACUUAUGGAACAAGGACGAAGGUUCAGCGAUUUUGCAAUACCACGACCAUCCAUCCCAUGUCGAUUGCCGUCAGAAAAUAUCAACCAGGAAGAAGAGCUUCGUGUGGGAAAAGAGAUGUAUCAAACCUUGAAUGAAGAUCAACGUUCAGCUGCGGAUGAAAUUCUAGAAGUAUGCCAUAAACCGAAAUCACCAGCUACUCCCUCAUGUUUCUUCAUCGAUGGACCUGGCGGUACAGGAGAAACACAUCUGUAUAACACUCUAUGGCAUUUAUUCAAAAGACAAGGUGUUCGUGUUUUAGCAAUUGCAUGGACUGGAAUAGCUGCUAAUUUAUUGCCUGGGGGAAGAACUACACAUAGCCGCUUCAAGCUUCCUGUGCCUCUCUUAGAAACGUCUACAUCAGAUGUUCGACCAAACACCAAAGAAGCCGAAGAAAUCAAAUUAACUGACGUUGUGAUCUGA